AUGAAGGUUCGAAGAUCUGCUGCCGUGGUCACGGCGUUCGUGGCCACGGGAGCCUACGCACAAGGCGGUUAUGGGGUUGUCUCAACUACAACGUCGUCGAGCAGCAUGACCAGCAUAACCAGCAUAACCAGCACAACCAGCACAACCAGCAUAACCAGCAUAACCAGCACUACCAGCAUGAGCUCGUCAUUGUCAAUGCCAACGACCUUGGCGAGCACGACCCCGUCAACCUCCUACACGACAGUCACAUUGAGUGAUUGCCCGACAGGCUCUAUUUCCACCGUCAUCACCAUCACGCAGGGUACCACAGUGACCUACUGUCCCGAAUGCGAAAUGAUGAAGACGUCUACCCCUGCACCAUCGCCCGGCUUCACAACCGUAUACACGACGACAUACUUGUCGUAUUGCCCGACAUCAGGCAUGGUCCCUGCCACCUACACAGUCACUGAAUCUUGCACUGAAGCCACGCCGACUUGGACGCCUGGACCAAGCUACACGCCACAAGGCUUCACGGUGACGACUAAUGAGUGCACGGUCUGCGGCGAGACGCCGACAACCGUCACCUGGAUCCAGCCAUGUGGAUGCAGUGCAGAAAACGGCACGCCGAUGCCGACGCCAAACCCGCAGCCUGCUGCUUCAACUACCGAAGCUGCUCCCUCGCCCACUGGCAGCGCUGUCUGCGAGUACGUCGACGGGCAGCCUCAAAACGGAGAAGCCUGCUCGAACGGUACCAGUCCCGGCGGAUCUGGUUCUGGCAGCGGUGGCAGCGGAAGCGGCAGUGGCUCUGGCUCAUCAUCGCCUCCAUCUGGUGGCUCUGGCUCUGGUACUGGUUCCGGUUCGAGCGGAAGCUCGCCAGGCUCUGCCUCGCCAGCACCUUCGCCAGCACCUGGUACAGGCAGCGGCGGCUCUUCGCCUUCGCAACCCACGGCCACUUCUACCACGGCAACGUGUCCCGGACCUCAGUGCCGUGCUGCUGCACCAUCGGCCAGCAUGACCGGCGUGACGCCGAUGCAUUCACCGGGUAACGCUGCAAGUGGAGUUGCGAGCAUUGGGAUGCUUUGGCAUUUAGGAUUUGCAUCACAAGGCUACUCUUACCGCUUGUAA